AUGGAAAAACAAAAGAGAAUUUACAGCGACGUCGCGAUCAUCGGAGCAGGCCUGUCAGGUAUCGAUAUGGCAUGUCAGCUCCAACGGCAAUUACGCGUCAGCGACUAUGUGAUUUACGACCGCGCUCAAGAAUUAGGCGGAGCCUGGGCAGCCAACAAAUACCCCGGAUGCAGUGUUGAUAUACCCGGCGCUUUGUAUUCGUUGUCAUGGUUCCCGAACCCGGAGUUUACCAGUCUUUUCCCAUCUCAGAAAGAGAUAUUAUCCUACAUCCAACGCGUCGCUCGCGCUAACCAUGUCAAUGAACAUGUGAGGUUUCAGACUGAGUGGAAAGGUGCCCGGUGGGUAGAAGCCUCUGGUACAUGGCUUGUGCAUCUCUGCGACUUGAAUACGAAAGAGGAAUUUUUCCACGAGGCUAAAGUGCUGAUCUCCGCUGUCGGGGGCUAUACGAACCCCAAGCUCCCUGAUCUGUCUGGGUUGGAUAGCUUUGAAGGUCCCGUGGUGCAUACUGCCAAAUGGAGGGACGAGUACGACCUUCGAGGCCUCAACGUGGCCGUCGUGGGUAACGGAUGUUCCGGUUCACAGGUAGUUCCUGCUGUGAUUAAUGAUGUCAACCGGCUGACACAGUUUAUUCAAAGCCCGCAAUACUAUGUCCCGAUGCCCAUGGGCAAUUACCGGUUUGGAAAAGCGCUACGCGUUUGUUUCUCUUGCAUUCCACUGACCUUGUUGCUUAUCCGCUGGCUGGUCUUUUGGAUCCUUGACACAUCACUUGGGCAAUUCUACAACAACUCCAAGGGGGACAGAUUGAGGGUAAAGAGAGCUCUUUGUAGUCGGAAGUACAUUGAGGAGAACGCUCCGGAGCGAUACUGGCCUUUGCUCACACCUGGCUAUGACCUUGGAUGCAGACGAAGGAUAUUGGACAAUGACUAUAUCCGAUCGCUUCGCAACCCUAGAAUGAAGCUGGUCAAGGACUCAAUUACACAAGUCGACUCCAAGAGUGUGAUCACAGGCUCCGGCGAAAAAUACCCGGUUGACUUUAUCAUUCUCGCGACCGGGUUCGAGUUCUCGCAGUGGAAGGCCGAUUCAGUCAUAGGCCGAGGAGGAAAAACGCUGAAACAGCAUUGGGAGGAUCAUGGUGGCAUCGGCGCUUACAAGACCGUGGCGAUGAACGAGUUCCCCAACAUGUUCUAUUUACUAGGCCCGAAUUCGGGCAGUGGACACACAUCGGUCCUUUUCGCGAUCGAAUGCUCGGUCAAUCUCGUUAUUAGGAUCGCACGUCCUGUUCUUCAGCGACAGGCAUCGAUUGUUGAGGUGUGCAAAGGGGCUGAGAUUGCGUGGUGCGACACCAUACAGACUGCUCUCAGCAAAACAGUGUUGACGGGCAGCUGUUCCAACCAAUAUACCGACCCCAAAACCGGAUGGAAUUUCUUUUCCUAUCCUUUCAGCUCAUUGAAUUUCUGGAUAGGCACGCGGUUUCCUACAAUGAAACACUGGGAGUAUCGGUAG